AGGGUGAUUUUUAAAUUUGAAUCAACGAAACCUUAAUUUUAAUAGCAAACCUGAAUAUUGGUUGGUCCACCAAAGAUUUUAAUUAGCAUUGCCUUUUCUCGUAGCUCUCAUUCUUAUUAUUAUUUUUUUUUAAACCCCGACUUUUCAAAUCUUUAAUUCCAUUCACAUCUCUCUUCAUCUUUUUUCUCUUCGGGGUUUUAAGUCUCUCCCACAAUGAAGAAUACCAGCAGGAGUAGGACAAUUCUAUAUUUUAACAACAUGAUUCUCACUCCUCUGUACCUCCUCUUCCUACUCACUACUUCACUCUUCCCCAUUUUCUGCAACUCUUACACCCCUACUGAAAAUAUCACCGUUGCCUGCGGCUCCUCUGACAACACCACAGCCCCAGACGGCCGGGAAUGGGUGGCCGACAUUGUUCCCAAUUAUCUGUCCCUUUUGGAACAAAAACACAACUCAUCAAUACCCUCUCCAGCACAAAGACCGUCUCCCCAAGCCAGCUUUGUUCCCUACUUGAAAGCACGCAUAUCUCUGUCUGAUUUCACCUACGUAUUUUCGGUCACUGCCGGUCAAAAGUUCAUACGCUUGCACUUCUACCCUUACAUAUACCAAAACUUCGACCCCUCCAAAGCCUUCUUCUCCGUCAAAGCCAAUAAAUUCAUUCUUCUCAACAACUUCAGUGCCUCUCUAACAGCUGCUUCUCUCGGCUCUGAGUCCUCUGACUAUCUAUUUAAAGAAUUCUGCAUAAACAUAGAAGAUGAAGAUCAAACAUUGAACCUCACCUUCACUCCGUCUUCAACUCCAUCCGAUGCACACGCUUUUAUCAAUGGAAUUGAAAUUGUCUCCAUGCCUACCAAUCUUUAUUACACCCCGGCCGAGGCUCAAGAUGGUAUUACUUUUAUCGGCUAUGAGCAAACCCCAAUUCGUAUUGAAAACAACACUGCUCUUGAGACCGUACACCGAUUAAAUGUGGGUGGAUCAGAAAUUUCACCAGUGGAGGACACGGGCAUGUUCCGAAGCUGGAACGAUGACAGCGGCUACGUUUCAAACAUAGGGGCUCUUCCAGUUAACCACAGCUUUGAAGUUCUCUUCACCAAAGUACCCAAUUACACUGCACCCGCUCAAGUAUACAUGACCGCUCGGUCCAUGGGAAACAACAAAACUGUAAACAAAAACUACAAUCUCACUUGGAAUUUGCCUGUGGAUUCGGGUUUUACGUACCUGGUCAGACUACACUUUUGUGAGUUCCAAGUUGAGGUCACAAAGCAAAGUGACAGGGAAUUCACUAUAUUCAUAGCCGAUAAGACAGCGGAGCCUCAAGCCGAUGUGAUUGUUUGGGCUGGAAGAAAUCAUGUCCCGUUUUGCAGAGAUUAUGCAGUGAUGGUGAGUCAAGGAAGAGAUCAGAAGAAACAGAAUUUGUCUAUAGCUCUGCAUCCCAAUCCGGAAUCAACGACUGUUUACUCUGAUGCCAUCUUGAAUGGAGUAGAGGUUUUCAAACUCAGUGACUAUUCCGGCAAUCUCGCCGGACUCAACCCUGACCCAGUUCCCCCGCCCGCCUCCCCGUCUACCCCACAACCAGCGAAUACGGGAAAACAAAAAACUACACCAGUUGCCGCCGUGGUCGGUGGUGUUCUUUCCGGUGUGGUUGCACUCUGUGUUCUUGCUUUGUUGAUUUUCCGGCAACGGAGGAGAGAUAAGGAAUCAGGUUUCGGCAAGAGCUCCUACACCGCAAAAAAACACGACAAAAUGAGUGGCCCACUUCUACCGUCCGAUCUGUGUCGUCGCUUUUCUUUUGCUGAAAUCAAAACCGCGACUGAUAACUUCAACGGCGAUUUAAUUAUUGGACGUGGAGGCUUUGGCGACGUGUACAAAGGGUGUACAGACGAUGGGACCACUCAGGUUGCGAUCAAACGGUUGAAACAAGGGUCUCAACAGGGGGCCCACGAGUUCGAAACUGAAAUCGAGAUGCUCUCUCAGCUCCGUCAUCUCCAUCUCGUUUCUCUAAUUGGGUACUGCAACGAUGAAGGUGAGAUGAUCCUUGUGUACGAAUACAUGUCUCGUGGGACCCUUCGUGAUCAUCUUUACGGCUCCGAUUAUCCUUCACUCCCGUGGAAGCGAAGGCUCGAGAUUUGCAUCGGUUCUGCGCGUGGGCUGAAAUACCUUCAUGACGAUGCAAAGCAUAGGAUCAUUCACCGCGACGUAAAGACAACCAAUAUUUUAUUGGAUGAUAAAUGGGUGGCAAAGGUUUCAGAUUUCGGAUUAUCCAAAGCAAACUCCAAUCUCGCCGCCAACACCGCAAUCAGCACCGUGGUGAAAGGUAGUUUCGGGUAUUUGGAUCCUGAAUAUUUUCGACGGCAACGAUUGACCGAAAAGUCUGACGUGUACUCUUUUGGAGUGGUGUUGUUGGAGGUAUUGUGUGCUAAAUCACCGGUGAAUAGGACGGCGUUGGAGAGAGAUCAAGUGAGCUUAGCCGCGUGGGCUCGCAAAUGUUAUCAAAAUGGUACACUUGAUCAGAUCAUUGAUCCACAUCUGAGUGGAAAGAUCGAGCCGGAGUGUUUGAAGAGAUUUGCGGAGAUAGCAAUGAAGUGUUUGGACGAUGAGGGAACCAAACGUCCCCCAAUGAAUGAAGUAGCGUGGACCUUGGAGUUUGCAUUGGAGCUGCAAGAGGGUAAGAAGGAGGGAAUCAAGACUGAUGGAGCUGAUGUAGAAUUUAAGGAAAGGGAUCUCAAUUGUCAAAUUGGGCCGGUGGGCAGCGAUGAUGGACAAGUGUCGACCAGUGGGGUGACGAUGACGAGUGAUGGUGGGACGAGUUUUACAACCGAUGGGUCUGAUAAAAUGUCUUCGGGUGCUGUAUUCUCUGAGAUCAUGAACACUAGCGGGCGUUGAAAUGUGGUUAUUGGGGGCGAAGCUCUCGCCAGUAGUCAUCAUAGUUUGUUUCAUAGUUUGUGAUAAUCAUUUGGAUUAUUAGUAAUGUACUAAAAUAUAAGUAUGGUACAUGAUAACUCAGAGGUAUUUUCUAGACAUGAGCUUUCUCCUGAAGGAGUGGUGAGCUCAAACCACUGUGUGUGUUGUUGCUUACCAAAUCAAAAUUGAUAAGCAUGUUUGUUUAUUUAUAAUCAUAUGUCUUUUGAAUUAA